CCAGCUCCUGCACCUUUGGACUCUCCCGUCUCCUCCCAUCACCUUCAGGGAGAGGACAGGUAGGAGACGCUGUGGAUGGGAGGUGGGACAUGGCUGCCCCCCUGAGCGCUGUACAUACAGUAAAUCUCAUCUCUCCAUGAUUGACUCUGUUCUUGUUGGUGGUGCGUUCAUCAGCAUGAGGCUCAUCCUGUUCCUCACAUUGCUCCUCCUGGCAGCGUCUGCACACCCCUGUACACUGAGCACUCAGGGCCGUGCAGACUGCAGCCAAUCAGGACUCACUAAGGUUCCUCUCACCCUCCCCCGUAAUCUCAGAUACCUGGACCUAUCGGCAAACUCCAUCCAUCACUGGAAACCAUUUCCCACAACGUUUUCAGGACUAGUUUACCUCAACCUGUCGGGGAAUCCCUUACGCUUUCUCCCAGCCGGAGCUUUCAGGAACUUGUCCCAUCUCCGAGCCUUGGACCUGAGCCAUUGUGGGAUCUCCAGAAUACACUCCGAUGCUUUUAAAGGGCUGCUCCGUCUACGGACCCUGAUCUUAAGAGAUAACCCACUGAAAGCCAUAAAUAUACGGAACAUUAGGGGAUUAACCAGACUGGAUGUGAGGGGCACCGCCAUGAUGGCAUCACCCAGAAUGGGGCUCCUGAUGGACCAGUUGGCAGGAAAAAGAUUCUGUGACUGCUCAUCCAGGAGACAACUUCAUGGAUUCCGUGAUCGAGCAUCCGGUGACUUCUGCUCCUGUGCGGCCCUGACAGAGGGGAGUGAUCUCCAUGUACACACGGCGAGCAAGGCCGGCGGCGAGGUCGUGAAACGUUACGUCCGUGACGCCAAUGCCGUCUCCAACGACAGCCUGUCCUCCAACCGCACUGAUCCCUCUCUGGCCUCCCCGGUGUCUCAGGGUCGGAGUUGGCCGUACCUUUUGGGGUUCGUCCUGAUUGCGGGCACCGUGUCGCUUCUCAUCGCUAUCGCCGCCAAGUGCAAACUCUUCCACCGCUAUUUCCGCAGUUAUCGCCAUCGCCCUUUGACCCAGAACGAAUGGGCCACGGAAUCCCAGAACGAGCUGCCCGGCGUCCCCCUCCCCCCGCAAGACGACGAGGACGGGUUCAUAGAGGACAAUUAUAUCCAACCCGAGGACCAUCGAGAGGAACUGGACGAGGACCAAACUCAGAUCCAUCAUGAAGAACUAUAGGACGUGAGAGGAGGAGGACUCCCAGGAUUUGGCUUAUUUGGUUUCCAUGGACAACUUUAAAGGAGACCAUAGUCCGAAAGUAUAAGAUAUAGACCUACACAUGGGUCUGGGGGUCCCAGGGGCCCAUGGAGAGCAAGUGCCAUAGGGACCAAUACUGCAACAGUAUUUUUAAUGUUGUUGUGGGUCGAGGUCAAUGGUCUCCAACCUGUUGCUCUCCAGCUGUUUGGCCGCUGGGAGUUGUAGUGCUGCAACGGCUGGAGAGCCACAGGUUGUGGAACACUGAUCUAGAUGGAUACAUCUGAAGAUCUUGUCACCUAUAAAGGCCACAAGGAUGAUCACUUGUCAUCAAUGGUUAACACUCCAAAUACUCCAAUCACACCGACACUCUGUUCACAAUUGAAGCUCCGACGCCUUUUCCCUUAGCUUCAUCAGGGUCAUUUUUAUGUAUUAAUAAAAAACA